AUGGAAAGAACACGGGUUGCCAAGGUUGAAAAUGUGACUCUGGCCCGUCGCGGAGACCAAGUCGACGGCGCCCUCCACCUCACCCCUCACCACCUGAUCUUCUCCCAUACUCCUCUCAUCUCCAGCGAAGACGCUGCCAAAGGUGUGGUCAUCAGACCCAAAGAGCUGUGGAUUACAUACCCAAUUAUUGCCUUCUGCUCGCUGCGGCCUGCCCCCGCAGCCUCCCGCCAGCUUUCCUGUAUUCGCCUUCGAUGCCGAGACUUCACUUUCGUCUGCUUCUAUUUUAAAAGCGAAAAAAGAGCGAAAGAGGUCUUUGAGAGUAUCAAGCAAUGGACCUGCAAAUCUGGUCGGCUAGACAAACUCUAUGCCUUUAGCUAUCAACCCCCUCCGCCAGAGAGAGAGUUUAAUGGCUGGGACCUUUACAAGCCGCGCAAGGAGUGGGAGCGCCAGGGGCUGUAUAAAGAAACAUCUGGAUGGCGAGUUUCAGAGAUCAAUCAUGAUUAUAGUUUUUCUCCCACGUAUCCGGCUUUGAUCCCGGUGCCGACUUCAAUCUCGGACAACACGCUGAAUUACGCAGGCCGAUACCGGUCAAGGCAGAGAAUUCCAGCCCUCACAUAUCUCCACCCAGUGAAUAACUGCAGCAUCACACGGAGCUCACAACCUCUUGUGGGUGUGCGCCAGCAUCGUAGUAUUCAGGAUGAAAAACUACUGGCGGCCAUUUUCUCCACCUCCCGUACAGAGCGGCCGCUAGCGAGCUUUGCGAAACCUGGUCUGGAAAGGGAAGGCUCCGAUUUGAGCCAGAGCGUUGGAUCGGCCGCUGAUCUGAACGAUUCUCUUGCGGAAGAAAUUGACGAUGAGAUGCUAGCUGCCCCUCGUGAAGGGCAUAUGGCCGAUCGAAUGAUCUACGGUGCCCAGCAGCAAAACCUCAUCGUGGAUGCCCGUCCUACUGUGAAUGCAUUUGCUAUGCAAGCCGUUGGCUUAGGCUCUGAAAAUAUGGACAACUAUAAAUUCGCGACCAAGGCAUACCUUGGAAUCGACAACAUUCAUGUGAUGCGCGACUCAUUGAACAAAGUUGUCGAGGCUCUCAAGGACACCGAUCUCACUCCACUGGGUCCGAAUCGCGAUCAGCUGGCACGAAGUGGUUGGCUGAAACACAUCGCUGGUAUUCUUGAGGGAGCACGACUGAUCGCCCGCCAGGUGGGCCUCCAACAUUCCCAUGUGCUCAUUCAUUGUUCGGAUGGCUGGGAUCGGACAAGCCAGCUCAGUGCGUUGAGCCAAAUCUGCCUGGACCCUUACUUCCGUACCAUGGAGGGUUUCAUGUGGUUUCAGAUCGAGAACGAGCGCAUCGGUGGCGAUGCCGAGGGAACAGGGGCAGGGCCUGCCAAAGCAAUUGAAAAUGCCUUCCUGAGCGCCAAGGGUUUCUUCAAUCGCGACAAUACAAGCCGCGACUCUCUGCCAGACUCUGAUGGGGAGCUCCAAAAUUACGACAAUGACGGCUCAGCGAAGAGAACCAGCUCAGCCCCUCGCAGUAUGAUCUCCGAAAAGGAGGUCACGAAAGUCAAGGAAACCAGUCCCGUCUUUCAUCAAUUCCUCGAUGCUACCUACCAGUUGCUUUACCAGCAUCCCACGCGUUUCGAAUUCAACGAGAGAUUCCUCAGGCGCCUCCUCUAUCAUCUCUAUGCCUGUCAAUUUGGUACCUUCCUUUUCAACAACGAGAAAGAACGGGUUGACUCGCGUGCGAGCGAGCGAACAAGGAGUGUAUGGGACUAUUUCCUCGCACGUAGGGCGCAGUUCACCAACCCGGACUAUGAUCCCGAGAUCGACGACCACAAGCGUGGAAAGGAGAGGCUGAUCUUCCCGCGAGUCAAGGAGACUCGCUGGUGGAGUGAAGCAUUUGGGCGUUCCGAUUCUGAAAUGAAUGGGCCUUUCCCUCCGGCUGGGCCACACGGGUUGGACCCUGCUCCAGGUCGUACUCCCGUACUCACCGGAAUCGAAACCUCCCAGCAGUCUUUUGGCAAGCCGGCGAGUCGAUCAGAUGCCCAGAAUGUGACAGCGCCUCACGAUCCGACAGUCGCAGAAGAAGUCUCACAUCUUAGCAUCUCGGGAGAGCAGACCCCCUCUGUUCAAGGAAGAGGUGCCAAAACGGUCGAAUUGGAGAUGCAAUGA